GAUACCGGGUUCUCCGCGAGAUCCCGAGAUAUUCUCCCCGCACGGAAGCGACGACUGGCCUGGCCAGAGGACUCGCGUGGGAGCGAGGUGCCGGCCCCGACAGGACGGUGAGCCUACCCGUAUAUUACAAGAAAUCUCAAGUCAAACACUGGAAAAGAUGUCAGAAGAUUCAGAAAAGGAAGACUAUUCAGACAGAACAAUCAGUGAUGAAGAUGAAUCGGAUGAGGAUAUGUUCAUGAAAUUUGUAAGUGAAGAUCUUCAUCGGUGUGCACUUUUAACAGCUGACUCUUUUGGUGAUCCCUUCUUCCCCCGGACUACACAGAUACUAUUAGAAUAUCAGCUAGGGAGAUGGGUGCCACGUCUUCGUGAACCAAGGGAUUUAUAUGGUGUCUCUUCUUCUGGUCCAUUGAGCCCAACACGGUGGCCAUACCACUGUGAAGUCAUCGAUGAAAAAGUCCAGCAUAUUGUAACAGUGACGAGAGAAUGAGAGCAGAAGAGACCCAAAAGGAAGAGGAAAGCAAGACCCCGUCGGGCCACUGCUUCUCAGUGUCACUUCCAGCCGCAUGUGCUCAUUCCACUCAACUUGGUUCCACCUCACCUAACUAGAAAACCCUUCUGUCACAUCUUUGCCACACCUUUUUUUUCCUUAAAUUUCCUAGCCCUCACUUUCAGCCGUCAUUUUGCCCUCAGUCACAGGAGUCACCAUCAGCAGCUCAGAGUGGGGAGAGUUUCUAUUUUCCUUGGUUGCUUGGUAAUCCCCCACUAUUACUGCUGAGGUUCUUUCAGAUGUGGGCAGCUGUGUUUCUGGCCUCUUCUAUUGAAAUUCUAAAUAUAGUUUCUAACCAAAAUAUUGUUGUAAGAGUGGCUAGAGUUUGUGGUUCCUCCUUUCAGAUAUCUUACAUAAUAAAUAGACUUUGGGCCCUGUGAAUCCAGCCUCCACCCUGGUGAAGGUGCAACCUCUCUCAGCAUACGUUUCCCAAGAUCCCCAGAGUCAUGAUGUCACACAGCUACUGGUCACACUAUCUGUGCAAGGUAUAGUCAUGCUGGAUAAAAGCUUUAUUUUGGGCUAUGCCACUGUUCUUUUAUUUUCAGUCUGUGCCCCUGAAAUUUUUGCAAGCUCUGCUGGCCCUCAAGCCAACUGGAACACCCAAUACAAUACAUCCUUGUGUAGGAAGAAUCAAAAAUCUUCUCCCACAUGUGUCCUUGAUGGCUUUUUCCACCUUUGCUUGCUAGCAUUUCAGAAAGUUUACUUCCCACAGUCUUACAUAUUGCUCUAGACCUUGCUUUUGUCACUUGACUAUUGCAAAGAUUUUACAAAUUUGGAUAUUUGAAAGGACUUAUAAGACUUCACAGAGCAUUCUUCUGUGUGGCUUUUAUUCAAAGGCACAGGAUACGGUGCAGCAAGAGAAAGAUACUGUGGCAAGCAUUGGGGCCCAGGUGCAAGCUUUCCAGGGGCCUUAUUCACACAUAGACUGCCUGUCUUCAGACUGAAACACCAAGAUCUAUGUGAUACAUCUUAGCUUCAGAAAACCUCAAGGCAAAAGUUCCCAUCUGGGUUUUUAGACCCCUGUAGUCAUGACAUCAAGCCAGGCUGUCUUCCUGAUUCUGCCAAAUGAAAACCAUCAGUAAACAAACUGGCCAUGCGGGGGACAUGAAACUCUCAGGGGGAGUUUCAGACAGUAAACAGCACAUCAUUAAUCUUACUGUUCUUAUCUUGGCCAAGAGUCAAAGCUGGACAGCCAGAAUUCCCCAGAGGUAAAAAUAGAGCUUUUCCAGUCCAGCUAUAAAUUAACUCUGUCUUACACAGUCAUCUAUCUUGAAAGACUUUCCAUAUCAGUUUAUAUAUAUUAGUCUCCUUUUUUAUAAACUGGUACAUCAGAUUUCAUUAAAUGGAUGAAUCAGAAUUUCUUUAACUGGUACCUUAUUAAUGAAUUUAAGGGGUUUCCAGUCAUUGGCUCUGACAAACAGAACUGCAUAAAUAUCCUUUUAUGUGUGGCCUAAUGCAUAUAUACGUACAUAUUUUGGGGGUACAUUCCCAUAAUUUCUGAUAUAAGGAUACUGUCAAAUUUUCCUCCAAAAAGAGUUGCAUCAAUUUAUUGUCAUAAAAGCAAAUAGUUUAUGAGUGUGGUCAGGGGUCCUCAAGACAACUCAUAUUCAACGAUUUGCUACAAAGACUUGCAGAAUUCAGAGAAGCCAUUAUACUCAUGGUUAUGGUUUAUUAUGUCCCUGAAAGGACACAGAUUAAAAUCAGCAAAGGUAAAUGGCGUAUAGCAGUGGUCCCCAAACUUUUCGGCACCAGGGACCAGUUUCGGGGAAGAUAAUUUUUCUGUAGAUGUUGGGGGAUGGUUUUGGGAUGAAACUGUUCCACCUCAGAGCAUCAGGCAUUAGUUAGAUUCUCAUGAGGAGCACACACAACCUAGAUCCCUUGCAUACACAGUUCACAAUAGGGCUUGUGCUCUUAUGAGAAUCUAAUGUUGCUGCUGAUCUGACAGGAGACAAAGCUCAGGUGGUAAUGGUCGUUCGCCCACUGCUCACCUGCUGCUGUGUGGCCUGGUUCCUAACAGGCCAUAGACCAGUACUGGUCCAUGGCCUCAGGGUUGGGGACACUUGCUAUGCGGCAGGGUCCAGAUGAGACCUAGCACAAGCUUCCAGUUGUUUUCUCCCUGUGGAGUCUUAGAAACAGCACUUAAUUCUCCCAGCCAUAAUGUGAGAUAAUAUGAAGUGCUGCAAAUCAGGGAAGCUCAUCUAGCUUUGAUGUCACUGGUUUCUAUUGCAGGUUGGUUAUAUUUACAUUCAGUGCCCACAUGGCUGACCUUAGUUACUUAGUCUCUGGCCUUUCCAGGGGUCAAAAUUGAUACUGUGUGUCCAAGGCCUCUACCACCACCACCACCACAAUAAAUCAAUUGUUAGCAUAAACUACUAUCUGACAUAGCCCAAGGUCCCAGGUAGACAAAGAUACUCUUAAUGAGGCAAGGUAUUCCAAGGCAUCAGAGGCUAUCUCCCAAGAGUUUAGCAAGGUCCAAACCUUUACAAUGUGCAAGGUUUGGACAACCAAGGCCUGCUGAGUUAAUCAUUUACACACAGGCUACCCACUGUCCCUUGGCCUAGGCUGUCUUUAACAAAGAGCCUAGUUUGUAACUAGUAUAAUUAUCUCCUGUUUUAAUAUUCUGCUAUUUAUACAUUUUAACAAACUUGUACAUAAAUAUUCAGCAUAGAAAUUAACUCAUAAUUAAGUAGAUCCAGUUCUUACUCAGCCCAUUUUUCAUUGAUAUUACAUACCAAGGAGGCCGUGAUUCAAUUUUCCAAUACAUUUGAUCAUCAUCAUAUGACUGACUUACCUAAGGGAGAGGAAUCAUACCAGCAAUACCAAUGUUACACUGUAUCUGCAGUAUUGUAGUAGAUGUAACCUGAAAAAUAAGAAUCAAAAGAUAAUGGCUCAUUACCUCUGUCAUUAACUAUUAAUUGGUCCAGUUCAUCAUUAUAUCUUAUGACCAGAAUGUCUCCCAGAGCAAUGCCACUCAAGUUUGCAGGCUUCCAUUCAACCUUUUCAGCUUCUAAGAGUAAGGCUAGUCUUAGAAAACUGACUUCACCUUUUUGGGCAUCUAGGAUAAUUAAGCUAAGAGACUACAGUCUCUUGCUCUGAGCCUCUCUCAAAACACCAGUGUAAUACUAGAUUUUCCUCAUUACCUAUUUCAUUUAUUUAUUCCUGUGCCUUGGCUAUUUCUCCUAUUUUUCACUUGUCAUAAUUUUUUACCCAAACAUUUUCACCUUUGGAAGAGUUGUUAGGCUUAGCCACUGUCCUGGUCUAGAUUGCCAGCAGUAAUACCAGUCUAGCUCGUGCUUCCUUUCAGCUCAUUCCCUUUUAUUUAGAGUAAGGAUAUAUAGGUACAGAACUAGUGGGCUAUCUUGACCACCAGGAAAUACAGCUGCAUUCACUAUCAAUCUGAAUUUUGCCAGGUGGGGUGAAGACACAGUCCACCCCGUUAGGCCCAUAGCAAUUCUGACAUAAAGGUUGAAAGGUAAGUUUCUUGCUUAAGAAUGAUUCCUGUUUCUAGCACCUGCAGUCUCCAACCACUGCCCCAGGCUGGAAAAAAAAAAGAAAAGUUGAGGAGACUGGAGAAAUCAUUUUGUAGUUUGUACCAGUGUCCUCCUCCAUCCCUUCUCCAGAUCCACCAUAAAAGAAAAA